AUGCUGAUUAUCCAAAACGAAUACAGUCUGAAGUUGAACAAAAAAUUGACCUUCAUCUCAGAGUGGAACAUAGGAAGCAACAACUGCCAAAAUUUCUGUGAUGCCCUGAUAGACCGCAACGUAUUCGGCAGCUUCAUGGUCUAUCACCGACACCGCAAGGAGAAGAAACAUGACGGUCAGGCAUCUCAAGUUCAAUACUUGAUGAGCUUUGUAAGCCGGAUCGGUUGUCACGAUGGAUUCACUAGGCGGGUAGUUCCCUCUUCAAAAGCGACAUCCGCGAACGGUCACACUGAGGAGUUUCUCCUUCGAUUCCGCCGAUUCGCCCACCACAACGACACGGACAUCGUUGACAGCUUGGUAGAGUACUGGACCGAUUGGGGAGGCUUUCGAGCGCCGAUAUUUCGACACCAAGGCCUCUUUCCAUGGGACUGUACCGAAGCGCGCACUCUCAAGGAGGAGGCCGAUCACCCGCAAAAGAAGUGUGGGGAUUGUUCGUCGGCUAAGCAUCUUUGGGCCUUUCCGUUUGAUGCAUGGUCAGUAGCGCAGCUUCACCUUCUCAGGGAACGUCGCUUCUAUGCUCCAUCUCCAGUCACUGGGAAAGAAAAUCAAAUUCAGAUGGCCGACCAUGACUGGGAGGAAAACAGACACCGCGUACUUGAAGCGUUUCAGGUCCUUGGCAGCAUGGGAGUUGCGAUGCAUCGAUCACAGGUUUUCCGUGACAGGUGUCGAUGGAAUUUCAAAGCUCGCGGGCUGCCUUUCGAAAACACCUCUACAGACCGAACCAUAUUCCACAAGGGUCGCGUGACUACUUUACGACAGCAAAUUAAAAAGAGAGCAGGCAGGCUUGUCGUCCAGCCGCAUGGCCCUCUCAUCAUCCACGAUCGCAUAAAGCUUGCAGGCAUCCACCGGGCCCAGCCCAUGAGUUACCUCUACGAGCAUGACAUGUACCACGACUGCACUCUGGCUGACUGGGCUGACCUGAAUCACGAUGGGCAAGUGGCGGCUUACACGGCGCUACGUGACUUUCGAUCAGAGCACGUAGACGAGAUCAUCGAGGACGCAAAGCGAAGGGCGGAAUCUAAAACGCCGCAUCCUCAUGGUCCAUUUCGAGACCCCGGCAUCGAUAUGAACGCCACCUCUAGCAUGGGAACCGGGGACUGGCUACCUGAAGACUUGGUUCCGGAACAAUGUGACGGAUCCUACGCAGAAGUCGACUUUGAAGCGAAUGAAGAUAUAGGUGACUGCGACUGUUUAUGCGAUGCUACGGGUCUAUCGGGUUUUGAACAGUCUAUGAUAGAUGGAGGGUGGGGUUUCAGUGACGGUGGGAGCGGGUUUCCUGUGGACACAGGCUCCGCAGGGCUUGAUACCUCCGGAGGUAAUGGAGGUAGCGGUGACGGCAGUAACAACAAUGGAGAUGGCAGUGGUGAUGGUAGUCACGGAGGGGACAACUCCCAUACAGGGAGUAGCAGUAACGACCAAUCGUGGCAGAGUAUGAUGGGAAUGCUUUAG